CAGAUCAGUUAAUGCCAAAGAGAGCAAAAUGGAGCAACAGAGACGAUCAUGCACUGUAAAAAAAUGUGUGGCAUCCUAUGCGACAUCCUGUUAUCGGUGGACUGAGAGCUACGUCAUGCGUACUGAUUGUUCUGUCAUUAUGGAUUGUUUUACCACUGAUUCCAAGAAAAGGCAGUGAUCCUGAGCCUGUGAUGAAUGGUACUGCGUCAGUCAUCCAUACUUUGGGACCGAGACGAGUACGAGAAACAGCAAACGAUUAUAUAGCCAGCUUAUCUGAGUCCUGGAUGGACCAUCCCAGCCCUCCUCAUCCAUACACUAUGAACAUGUGGUGGAGACUAACCAACCAUACAGUAAAGAAAAAUGGGUUAGAGAACUGUUACGUGUGCGCACAGUUCCCACACAGCACCACUGGAGUGGACUGGUGGCCGCAUCAAGAUCACAACACAUCAACCAUCAUGGCUGUGGUGGCUGUGGCAGCAGCUCCUUUUAAUGACAGCUCCACUCUGCUACAAGACGAGGAAUGGAGAAAGAUCAAAGUAACCAAAAGACUGUUUGGCCAGGUAGCAACAGUUAGGGGCAUACCAACUAAUCUGACAUGUUAUAGUAGAGUUACAGGAACUAAUCCUUUAGGGAAAAUACCAAAGAGUAAAUGCAACGUGAUCUACGAAGAGAAUGAAACUAAUCUUGCCACACGACAGCGUUGUCUCAGAUGCUUAAACAAUGCCAUCUCCGUUCCUGGGGAUCUGAGACAAUCUACAAUAGCUGAACAAUAUUUGUUUCACAAUCAUUGCACACGUGCUACAUGUGAGGCUGCUUGUGCAGUUGUGCAUGUACCUGAUGAAGAGGGCACAGGAGUAGUAGAAAACACCUACUGGCAGUGUGGGUAUGCAAUAUAUGUGUCUCUGGCUAGAAACUGGACCGGAACGUGUGCUCUAAUUCAACUGCAUGGUGGAACAAUUGUUCUACGCCACCAACCACGUGAAAUUAUGAGAAGAAAGGAAACGGGACUGCUUAACAUUGCGCAAGACAGCCCAGUGCCAAAAAAACAUCACAUCUGGAACAUAGCUGAGAAAUUGCUGGCGGUUUUUGCACCUGGAAUAGGUGUUGCAUCAUUAAUGCAAGAGGUACAGGUUACCAGGUAUGAACUGAUUUCUUUCAUUAACACGACAAAGAUGAUGGAAGGCAUCGAGGAGCUGAGAGGACUGAGGCUCGCUGCUUUGCAAAAUCUUUUAGUUUUAGACCAGCUGACGGCAGCACAAGGCAGAGUUUGUGUGAUAGUGGGAGAAACGUGCUGCACAUACAUUCCAGAAAAUGAUGCAGAUGGACAUGUCAUUGACGAAGGGAUAGUGAAUUUGACCUACAGGGCAAAGACUCUGACAGGCUGGGAAACUAAUUCGGGGUCUUUUGGAUGGGGAUGGUUCAAAGGUAUAUUUACUGAUGUGACAAAUCUGAUGAUGAUGGUAAUUUGCAUAGUUUGUUCGAUCUUGUUGAUCUUGUGUUUAUGGCCAUGUAUAAUGACAUUGAUUAGAAAUGCUGUGUCAUCUACCUUCCAACACCAAAAGGUUCAUCAUGAUUUUCCUUACUUAUAUCCAAAACCACCGCAUUCUCCAAAGCCUGUGAAAUAUUACACUGAAACUGAUUCCAGCUAUAGUGGCAGUGAAGCUUAAUUACCUAUAGGGUGACACGAUAAUGAUUAGAAGGAUAAGAGCAAAUGUUAUCCGUGGUACGAGAUAAUUGUAAUAAGUGUUAAGAAGAAGGGUUUAUGUUUAGCUUGCUUAAAUGUAAGAGAUGUCGAUGUCUCAAAAAAAAAGUGCUAAUUGCUUUCUUACCUAUGAAAAAUGAUGGUGUGUUUUGAAUCCUUGUGAAUUAACAUGCCUGAUGUACUGUCAUAGGUGAAUAAUCGGAGGAUCCUCAAAUGCAAACUGUGUUUUGCUUCAAGAGAGCAACCAUACG